AUGGCAACUAUUGAUAGCCUUCGGGGCAAGGAACUGCCCUUCGACUUCUUGGAGAAAAUUACGGACGAUUUCUCCGAAGAGCGAGUACUUGGUUCAGGUCCACUUAGAACAACGGUUUAUAAGGCAGUCCUGGAAGAUGGCGAGAUUGCUGUGAAGAGACAUGUGGGGAACGCGCCAGGGACACGUAACAAGGAAGCGUACCGUACUAACGUUCACAGUAUUAUGAAGCACAGACAUGAAAAUGUAGUGGAGUUGCUUGCAUUCUGCCUCGAGGAACAAUAUGACGCAUUGGUGUGGGUUGGUAACAGAUAUGUUACCAAAGACGUCGUUGUCGAAAGUUUAUUCUGCUAUGAAUAUUUUCCCAAUGGAAGCCUGCAUCACAGCCUUUUUGGAUACAUGGCUCCAGAGUAUCUAUUCAAGGAAGUAAAUGAAAUCUCGACCCGGUUUGACAUAUAUAGUUUGGGACUAAUCAUAAUCGAGAUCACCACAAGAGAGGAGAAUUGUGCCGGCAUUGACCAAGAUUCUGCAAGGGAAUUUAUUAAUAAAGUGAGAAAAAAUUGUAAAGAUACAGUUCUCAUGAUGUCAGAAUACCAAGGAUUAGACGAAGCUCAUCUCCAGCAACAAAUCGCUUGCAUCAAAGUUGGUCUACGAUGUGUGGACCUUGAUCAGAAUGUGAGACCUAAAAUAGUAGACAUUGUCAACGAGCUCAAUGCACUGUGGUAG